GUACAGCCACCCUACUGGACCGGUUGACUACAUCUUUGACUUACUGUCAGACAGCCACAGAUCGAAAACACGCGACUGUUACUCACAACCGCAUAGCGAAUCACAAUCGGCAGUUUCUCAAGAGCGUUAGCGAGUAUGAGCACAUUGGUGUGAUUCCGAGCACGACAUCUUUGUUUUACCCUGAUCGGCAGCAGCUGCAACUCCAGCCACUUCCCAGGCCCUGUACUGUAUUGAUGUACUUGGUACUGCAUGCUGCGGAAGGCGAAACCUUAAUCACAGUAGCGGCAUGCCACUAGCAAAGUCAAUCGUCCUCGAGGGUCGAGCUGCAUUUGCUGCCCUGGGGGGCUAUAUUUCCCUAUUGUCGGGGUGUGGAGACCGCGGAGAUGUUCGCAAGGACUACUGCCGAGCCGAUCUUGUCUUUGGAUUGGUUACUGAAACGCUGACAGGCAAGGUCGAUCAGUUUGUAGACUAUACGAGCACGACCCGUGGUUUCCUACCCUCGAGAUCUCCACCUUCGUGGAGAAAGGGUUCUUAGGGACGGCUCAGUAGUUGCUAGAGACCUUCAGCUGGCUGAGAAACAUGAAUCGCAGAAUACUGCAUCGUCGCUUCCAUCGAGGAAAACGGUAUACCAAAUCUUAACUUGCUAGAUGCAUAUAAGUGCAUACAUGCCAGGAUGAUUACAAAUGACCUUCUGGUUGUAGUCGCUCGAUCCAGAAACAUUUGUCGAGUCUGCAUGGAUUCUGUGCUCUGGUCAAUUGCUCACAUGUCCUAGGCAGUUUCGGCUUACUAUCCGGCAUCACCGCGCUUUGAGUUUCUAGCUCGAAUCAAGAAAGGUAUGCGUAUCAUUCAAGCCAGUAGUAGGUCAGCAUUGCAUCGGAAAAGCUCCU